GUUAACCGAUCUCUCUUCUUCUUGCAGAAACUAAUCCAAGAUGUCCAAGAAGUCCGGCUCCACCAAGAAGAAGGCGAAGCGCUCCGCGUCCAAUGUCUUCUCCGCCUUCCCCGAGUCCGAGCUGGCUGCCUUCAAGCAGGGCUUCCAGAUGAUGGACUACGACAAGGACGGCGUGCUCGGCAAGGACGACCUCCGCGCAACCUUCGACUGGGUUGGCAGGCCCACCACCGACAAGGAGCUCAACGAGAUGCUCUCUGAGGCUGACGGCCCCAUCAACCUUGUCAACCUCCUCGGCAUGUUCGCCGCCCACAUGUCCGGCGAUGCCUACGACGACCAGACCGUCAAGAACGCCAUCUCCUCCUUCGACAAGAAGGGCAAGGUCGACCUUGAGCUGUGAGUAUCUCUCCAUCCACACAUCUAUCUGGUUGUUUGCGGGUAUCGCAUUGUAACACGAGCUCGAACAGUGGCGCGAGAA